GGAUUGGGUGUGGGGAGUUUCAAUGUUGCAGAACCAGGAAGUUCACCGAGAAUUAUCCUGAGCUGUGUUAACAAACUGACGAAAGAGAACACGGGAUUUUUUUUCAGAAUGGAUUGGUUAAAGGUCUUUAAAGAUUUUUUCAGCAUUGGAAAAGUGAAAAGAAAACCUAGUGUGCCAGAUUCUGCAUCUCCUGCUGAUGAUAGCUUUGUUGACCCAGGGGAACGUCUGUAUGACCUCAACAUGCCUGCUUAUGUAAAAUUUAACUACAUGGCAGAGAGAGAGGAUGAAUUGUCAUUGAUAAAAGGGACAAAGGUGAUCGUCAUGGAGAAAUGCAGUGAUGGGUGGUGGCGGGGUAGCUACAAUGGACAUGUUGGAUGGUUCCCUUCAAACUAUGUGACUGAGGAAGGCGACAGUCCUUUGGGUGACCAUGUGGGUUCUUUGUCAGAGAAAUUAGCAGCAGUCGUCAGUAACCUAAAUACUGGGCAAGUGUUACAUGUGGUACAGGCUCUUUACCCAUUCAGCUCGUCCAAUGAUGAAGAACUUAAUUUUGAGAAAGGCGAUGUAAUGGAUGUUAUUGAAAAACCUGAAAAUGACCCUGAGUGGUGGAAAUGCAGGAAGAUCAAUGGAAUGGUUGGUCUGGUGCCGAAAAACUAUGUUACCAUUAUGCAGAAUAAUCCAUUAACCUCAGGUUUGGAACCAUCGCCUCCACAGUGUGAUUACAUUAGGCCUUCACUCACUGGAAAGUUUGCUGGCAAUCCAUGGUAUUAUGGGAAAGUCACCAGACACCAAGCAGAAAUGGCAUUAAAUGAAAGAGGGCAUGAAGGUGAUUUCCUCAUUCGUGAUAGUGAAUCUUCGCCAAAUGAUUUUUCAGUAUCACUAAAAGCACAAGGGAAAAACAAGCAUUUUAAAGUCCAACUAAAAGAGACUGUCUACUGCAUUGGGCAGCGUAAAUUCAGCACCAUGGAAGAACUUGUAGAACAUUACAAAAAGGCACCAAUUUUUACAAGUGAACAAGGAGAAAAAUUGUAUCUUAUCAAGCAUUUAUCAUGAUACUGCUGACCAGAAGUGACUGCUAUACAGUUGUAAUUCGUCAUGUGAAGACUGAGAAAAUAUCAGUCCAGUCAUGCUUGAUUGGAAAUUGCUGUUUCUAACUCUAUAUGAAAAUUGACUAUAAUACAUAAGUAUUUUUAUUAUAACUCAGUUCAUUCAUAUAUACUACAUAUGCCAAACAUCUGCAUAGAGCAAUUCCUUAUCCUUGGUCUUCUGUUUUAUUUUUUUUUUUGCUCUUUUUCUCUUCGCUUCUAAUAUUAAGGUUUUAUAUUUUGAAAAAAUGAUGCAAAUCGAAAGUCUUUAUAUGGAAGAAUUUCUUUAUUGCCUUUCCUUUAUUUCCUUGUAAGGGCACCACCUUAGUUACUUCUGCAAUGGUUCUCUUCAUAUAAAAUUAUUAUAUCAAUUAUAUCAAUAUAUGGCAUAUGCUAAAAUAAAUUUCUUGGAGAGUUGUUAAUCUUUUCUGUGACUAAAUAGCAAUAAUAAAUGGAAAAUUAGAAAUUAUUUUCAGGUAUUAUAUUUGUCACAAGCCAUUGUAAAUAUCAAGUAUGUUGUGUCUGUCAUUAUUUUCCAAAAUUCGUUUGUUUUCAGUGUAAAGCAAAACAUACGGGACAUAGGUUAGAAAACAUAUCUUGUACAAUUUAAAUUUACAACUGUUGGAAACAAAAAUCUGUAAAUUCCUAAGUUUUUUUUUGUUUUUUUUUGGUGCUUCUCUCUCAUCUGGUUAUUCAAGAGAACAAAACAGUCUCUGAGAUAUUUAGCUUUUCAAACUGUAAAUGGAUGCUCUAGUGUUAUUUUUUUCCCCUAGUGUUAUUUUACCAAAGCAUCUUAUUUUUGAAUAUGUUAUAUCUGUGUCAAUAUGAAAAAAGCUAUGGCCAAAGUUUGAAGAAGUAAGAGGCAAUGAGAUACUUGGUUCUCCCCAACCCCACCAAAAAAAAAAAUCAAUAAUUAUCAGGCAUAGUAUUUCUACUAUUCUCAUUUUCUUCUUUCAGCUUUGAAUUUUAUUGACUGGGACACUAAAAUUGAUGUAUACCUGAGGAAAAGAUGUGAUGUGCUAAUGGUAAGGGAAAAUUAUUUUUAGAAUCUUAUAUUUUCAGAUGCUUCUAUUAAGUUUUUGUUUAUCAAGCAGAAGUUUGGGUGUAUGGAUGAGAGGCUACUGUAGCGUAUUUAAUCUAUUUCUAUACAUCACAGAAGAAAACCAGUUAUACUUUAUGGUCACAGCUUUUCCCCCCACUAUAAAUUCUGGAGAUUUAAUUUAAGCAAAGUACUUUCAAUAUUUUAAUAGAAAAUACUUACUAAAACCACAUAACUUAGUAAAUAGUAGAAAGUCAUGAGAUUUUAAAAAAUUUCCCCAAUGCUGCCUACGCAAAUGAAUGUUUCCAUUCUUUAAUAUGUUAUGAACAGACAUUUAAGACACCAGAAUUACUGAUUCUAAAAUUGAAGUUGUCUAAUUCAUGAGGUUUUUGACUUUGGUUUUUUUAAGUUUGUUUUAUUUUAAAUGUUUUUUUAAUUCUCUAAAUCUUCAGAUCAUUUAAAGACUUACAUUGCCACUGGGUGGCAGCCCUGACUUCUCUCACUAAGCAAUAGGAGUUAGCAAAUAUAGACAUUGUACAAUUUUCUGUCUUCAUUACAUCUGCUUUUAAAUCCUUUUAGUUCAUAUUUCAUUAUCUUUCUCAGCCCCCUUUGUUUAUUAAGAUGAUUAUUAGUAGGCAAGUUUAAUGGAAACAAAAGUCAUGUAUUCUUACCUUUUUUGCUGUAAAAUCACUUGAAUAUAAAUUGAGGAAAAUAGUUUUAAAGUAGUUGUAAAAUGACUAGGUAGCAAACAUCUUCUUAAUCUUAAACAAACAUUUGAUGAUGCUUUCUUUUUAUUUUCCACCUCUUUGUGGUCCCCACCCCCCAGUCUUCCUUAUUUAAAAAAUGGAUUAUUUGUUUAAAAAAAAGGAGAGGAGCAACUCAAUUACUACUUUGUAUCACAGACAUGAGCUAUUUAUAGCAAACCCUGCAGAGCUGAUGUUAAGGAUUUUGAGAAAGUAGCUAGGAAUGGAGUAGCACUGGAAGCAGAAUGCAUAUUUCUGUGCCAUAAUUAGAUUUAUAAUAACUAGGGAAUUCCUAGAUAGUCCUUGUGUGCCAAUAAUAGCUAUUGUGUGCUCCUCCUAUUAUGUGAUGAAACCUCACUGGGAACUACUUAAUUUUCUACUUCAACAUUUUAUCAAUUUUUUAAAAGUCUUAAAACCAAUCUUUACAUCAAUGACUGUUUUUUAAAAGCAUGAAUUAAUUUUCUUAAGAACUAGAACCAUCUUAGAAAACAUCAACAUAGCUAGCUAGUAGCAGGACUUGUAUUAGAAACCUUAUUCCCAGCCUGAUACACUCUAUAUUGUGACACAUUGGCUUCUCUGUGCUUGUUUUUAGACAAGGAGGAAAGUCCUGGGAAGAGCAGUAUUACAGUAGUUUUCUUCCAUCUGUGAGGAGAUGCUUAACUAUCAAUUUAAAUAUUCAUAACACACAUAACCCUGCCCAACCCACUUCUACAAAUAACUUCUCCAAAAUCUUGGAAGAAGGUUUUUCAGAACUUUAUAUAAACUCAGUAACAAAAAGCUAUUGCUGCUGUAUCUGUUAUUUGGUCAUAAGUCCUUAAGUUCAGCUGAAUACAUAUUCACAAACAUAUAUUACACGUCUUUGACUAUACACGGUAACACAGGCACCUGGCACUAUUAAAGAUGGUGUGUCACAGACAUAUCACUUAAAAUCAGAAGGCCUUAAGUGCAAUCAACUGCCAUUGCUGGAAGAAUAAAAAGCCUAGCAGAUGAGCAACUUGGAUUGUUAGAAUGAUGUUAUCCUCAUAGAUAUGUGGAUAGAUCAGUGGCACAUAAGUUAUCUCCAGUGUUAAUGCUUUAAUUCUAUCAUCUAAUCCAGAGAUUGCGAGAAGCAGGGCCACUACUGUCUGUGUAGGUACAUUGUGAGAAUUAGGAAAAGGCACCUCUUCUCUGGGCAAGCCCGGCCACUUUUUUUGCUGUUGAGAAGUCCAAAACUCACCACCACUACCCUUCUCCCAUCUUGCAAGGUGCCCUGUUCAGGAUACAGCCAAUACAGUUCAACCCACAAUGCUUAAAAAAGUAAUGGUUAACAUUUUAAAAUUGGGAGAUUUCACAUAAAAUCCAGAGUUCUGCUUUCCCCUGAAAAAUGAGAAGCUGAUAAUACUAAAUUUGAAUUCCCAGAAGGCAUCAGAUGGUAUGGAUGCUUCCCUUAUUUUUACCAAUGCAUAUGGUUAAAAACAAAAUUAAAAGUGUAAAAAAGGCUCUUUCCCAGCCUUUAUUCCCCCUUAGUUCAAGUCUCCAAAUGUAGUUACUGUUACUCCCUGUUUUUCCUAUAACUUGGAGUUAUCUGGAAACUUACCAUUUUGCAGAAAUGCUUCAGGUGCAAUGUCCAAAUCAAUAAAUUAGGAAUGUAGCAUUUCAGCAUGCUUUAACUUUUCCACUUUAAUAUUUUGCUAGAAGAAAAGGAAAUCCUUUGUAAUCCUGUAUUUAUAUACAUCCUUUAACUGUUUUCGAAUGGCUUCACAACUGAGGUUGCUUCUAACUUAAAGUACAUUUGAUACAGGAUAGAUGACAUCCUCAUUUUAUGUUUUGAACAGCAUCCAGUGAACUUUUUGAAAAUGCCAUAUUACUGCUUCUGGGGAAAACCUGUAUUUUAUUCUACUGCAAGGCAAGGUAGGAAGCUCCUCUCUUCUGAUAAACUGGUUCUAUUGGUUUAGCAAGUUUAUAUGACUCAACUCUGUCAUCUUCUAAACUCUUACAGACCAAGCAUGCUGUGCAUACUCCACACCCUAGUUUUUUGCUGUUGACCUAAAACCAAAUGACCAAAGAAAUAUAUUUUUCUUGUUUACUAAUGAGGGGUUCUUGUGAUUUGAAAGUAUACAGUUUGCUGAGACUUGUUUGUUUAAUGAGUAGAACAUAAACUGGGCUUGGUGAGGUUUUGAAGAGCAGGAGGAGGAGUUUUUGUUAUUAUUGGCGGUGUUCACGAAGGUAAAUGUUUUAAACCACAGUGUCUUUUUGAGGGUAUGUUUGUUGGCUGGAGCACUUUCAUUAUCUCAAAUACUUCAGAAUUGGCCUGAUGCCUACAAAGGAUUCACACAAACUUUUAAUUUACCAAUUGGACUGGCUGAUUUUCUAAAUGUUUCCACUCAAAUUACUUUUUUAAGCUGUUUUUAAAGCUUCAGGGAAAGCUGGUCUCAGUAUUUUGAAAUAAUGUUGCAAAUUUUAUUUGUAGUUAUAACUACAAAGAAGACAAAGAGUACUCAAUUUCCUCUCCAUGUUUUCUUGUACCUCGGUGGAAUGAUAAUGACUCUCGAACAGGAAGACAAGCAUAAAUAGACAAUUAAGAAUAGACAUCUAAGGUAGUUAAGGUAUUUAGUUGCUUUAAAUCUCUAGGCUCAGAAGCUAUGUAGAACAUUUGGAGAUAGCUUUCAGGAAAUUAUGGAGACAGGUGGAGUCCAGAAUGAGACUAAAGUGUUGUCUGUUUUAGGUUAAAUACCGGAAUGGUUAUUAAAUUUGUUUUUUUUUUGAGCAUUUGUAGAAGAAAUUAGUGAUCCCUGAAUAAGCAUGUCUUUUCUUGGAACAAGUAAUGCCAAACAUUUACUUCUUUUGAUAUGGUUUCUAGACUGUAGAUAAGGGGGAUGUUGUAGAAGAAAACAAGUACUGAUUUCAUCAGCGCAUAUGCUAAUCACUUGGCGUCAAGAUGAGAAAAAUACUUUUUGAAUGGUUAUAUCUAUGUAUAUGGUUUUGUGUCUUUGUUUUGCUUUUGGAGAUACUUGUCCUUCAACCAACCAUCCAACCACCUCAUGUCAAAUGUUUGAUUGCGUAGGUGCCAGACUGUUCUAACCUAGCAAAAUGAUAGUGAAGAAAAUGGACAAAUUUGUCCAAAAACUGUCCUAAAACUUUCAUUUCUAGUGAUGUAAUGCCUAAUGGAGAAGUGCUAUGAAGAAAAAACAGAGCAAGAUGAGGAGGUCGGAGAGUGAGAGUGGGGUGUUAAUUUAUAUAGGAUGGUUGGAGGCCUCAUAAAACAGACUGAGCAUAUUGUGUGCUUCACUUAAUAGAAUCAGUGAUGACUAGGAUUAAACCAGUGAAUGACUGAAAAUACAGCAAUCAAAAUCAUUUGAAAAUUAUUAAGAUCUUCACUAUAUUACAGAGCAUUGUUUCUGGUUUUCAAAUUUUAGAAUUGAAUAAAAUGGUAUUUGUUUUAUUUAAACACGGAACUUUUAACUACAAAGGACUAUUCUGAAUAAGGCUUGAUUCUACAUCUUAAGAGAAGUUGUUGGGAAAUGUCACAGAAAAGAAUCAGUUAUAACUACAGGAAGGAGGGCAGUUUGACAGACUUAAGGGUUUUAAUUCAUCACCCCCUAAGGAAAGAAUUGAGGUUAAGGGAGGUUAAAUUCCUGAUGUUCUGCACUGGUGCCAGACAAUAAACGAGGCAGGAAAUUGAAGAAGAAAAUAACGUUCAGAGGAGGUUGAAAAAGGGCUGUAAGAACCCUGAAAACCAGAGCUUGAAAGUGUGUGAAAGUUACAUCUGGAGCAGACUCAGUGGAAGCGGGAGUUAGAAAAAUCUAUGACAAGGAGAAUUCCACUGUUUAAAUACACUGUGUUACUUCCAGAAAAAAAAUAUAAUAGUAAUAAUUUAGACAGUGGGUUACAAUUAAAUGUCAGAUGUGCUAAAACACAGGACAGAUAUUUAGGAAUCUUGGUAAAGGGAAGAGAACUAUUUUGUGUUAAGUAGAGGAAGGAAGGGUUAUUGCAAUUAACUGACCACGUGGUCUGUGCCAGGGCACCAGGACCUACCCUGCAUUUGCACAACCCUAAGAGUGAGUGCCUGAAAUUUUGCACCCUUGGUGCCUCCCUUGCUUCAUUCUAGUCCCAGCCCUGUGGGGCUCAGAGGGCUCGGGAUUCUCUUCCUUGACCAUCAAUCUCCUUUUCCUUCCCCACUCUUUACUUUUCCACAAAAACCUUUAACUCCUUGCUUUUCUUUCUGUAAUUAAAUAUUCAAGCUGCAAAUAGUGUAAUAGGAAAAAAAAUUCCUAUUUCUAGACUGUACUUCUUUAUGAUAGAAAAUAGCUUUGUUCUUCCAGCUGUUCAUCUUCAGGCAUAGGUGACUGAUCAUCUUCAACUCUGGAAGGCCGUGGAAAUUAAUCUGAGAAGUGCAGCGGAAAUUAAUCUGAGAAGUGCAGCAACAGGUUAGAGGACAGUUUGGUUUUGGCAUGUUGCAUUGACAAAAUAUCACAACCAGCUGAUGAGAAAGUGUAGAAAGAGAAGUUCCUCAAAGCCAGAAGAGAAAGGCAAGAUCAGAGUCGGGGAUCCAGGCAAGGGUAGGGGCUAGCAAGUGAGGCACAGCCCUUCAGAGGUUCUCACCCAGUGGCAUGGCCCAUGCAGAGGUGGAUCGUCUGAGUUCCUUGUUGAUUCAUGGACCAGUCCUGAGAGGAACUGCCAUUCAAAAGCUUGUGGCAGGCAGGUAGCAUUACCCCUCAGUGCCCCUAGAGGUGUGCUGAGCCCAGGUCAGAGACUUUCUGCAGUGGCUUGUGAAGGAUUGGCAGGCAGUACUGCCUUGUCAACAUGGCAACAUGUCAUGUCAACAUGUCAUGACAAGUGACAACAUGGCUUGUCACUUGUCAAGUGCUGGGCGGGGGCAUCUUGACAGGGACCCAUGCCCAGGUUGAGCUAUCUUAACACCUCAAGGUUUGGUGAACAACUCUCCUUCCUCCCCCAUCACAUAACUAAAUGAGUCUUGUUCUUUCUCCCAUUUUCUGUUUACUUUCCUUUUCCUUUUCAUCCUCAGUCUGUUUUCCCCUCAACUUUUCCAUCCUUGGGCCUUCCCAUGCCAUUCUCCCAGUUGGAAUGCUUAACUGCAAGCACAUCUUUCCUAUCCAAAUCUAAACGGGUACAUCCUUGGAAUUCCAUAUUGAGGAUUGUCCGUUCUCUAAAGCCUUUGCUGAUCUCCUAGAUCACUAACUCUUUUACGUCCCUCAGACACAUUGUGAGCCCUCCUUCGGUACUAAUUGGGAGGUAGUAAGGUGAGUGAAAAGAACUUGGAGUUAGGCAGAUCUCUGUUGGAAUUCCUGUCUCCAUCCCUGACUGGCUCUGGGAUCUACAGUAAAUAAACUUCAGAUGUGUCCUCAUCUGAAAAGUUGGGAAUCAAAUUUUAUCAAUACCUUGCAAGUCUGUCGUAUAAUAUAUGGAAAUGUGUAUAGAGUGCAGGGAUCAAGGAGAGGAUGCAGCAAGUGUCCUUGACCUUGAUGUAGUUAAAAGAUAUACAGCGAAUACUUAUUGUAUAUUUACUUUGCCAGAUUCUGUUCUAAGUGUACCAUUUCAUAUAAUCCUCACAACAGCCCUACGAAUUAGGUACUAUUACAGUUGUCUCCAGUUUACAGAGGAGGACAUUAAAACAUUGUUUAAAAGACUUGGCGAAAAAAACACAGUAAGUGGCAGAGCACCAAUACCAACCCAGACAGUCUGGCUCCAGAGUCCAUGCUUUUAAUGACCACCCUCUAAUAGGUGUCACCAACUGGAAGCUUUUUUUGCUGAUCCAGGGGCCAAAGUGAAAGAUGGGCAGCCCACAAAGGGCCAGCCAGUCAGAGCAAAUAAACCCUAAUGUAUUUAUUGUUAAUAUUAUUAAUAUAACAAAUGGUUAAUACAGCAUUUGUGAAGACCUACUGUGUCCUUGGCACUGUGCUAAUGUGCUUUGUCUACAUUCUUUAAUUCCCACAAAUAUUAUGCAAGACAUUGUUUUAUAAAAAUGACGCUCAUAGAGUUGCUUUCUUCCCCUUCACAUCAAAAGAGCACUACUUUUCCCAUCCAAUCCUCAGCCUAUAACUAUCUAGCUUCUGAUCCAAGUUCUCCGCUGAAACUCCUCUUACUGAGAUUACAAAUGACCUCUAGGUGAUGUAAAUCCAGGAGACAUUUUUUGAUAAUUUACUCAGUGACUCUUUUCUGCACCCCCCCUGGUGAUCACUCCAUCCCUCAUCAUUUCCAGGACCAUAGUUUGUUCCAGGACGACCUCUCUGACCUAUUUAUUCCCCCUAUAUCUUCCUAUGUCAUUUUGCUUGUGCUGGUCCUUUAAAUGCAGGUCUUCUCCUGGAGCGUAUCCACACGUCUCUUUAAUCUACAUACUCUCCCUGAAUGUUCUCACCCACUUGCUGGUCUCAGCUACCAAUGAAAUGCUGAAUGUAGGGGAAGUGGUGCCAUACCCUGACACUCAUAAACUGAGACAAAGAUCAUUUGAAUAUUGGAGACUGCCCCUGCCCAUAUGAGCACCUCAAAGUCGAGUGUAUCAAACUGAACACAUGCAGCCUUUUUCUGUACCAUUCCCAACCCUGCCUGCCCUGCUCCCACCCCACCUCCUUAACAUUAUUUAUGUUGGGAUGCUGUCAUCCACCUAGUUAUUCAAACGAACGUGAAAAUCAUGUUUGCCUCCUCCUCCGCCAAUCCACUCAACAUCUAGGAGCUGUCAAUUCUACCUCCAUCAUUUGAAUUUAGUCACUUCUCUCUACAGACAUGGGAAAACCUAGUGGAAGCCAACAUCUCUCAACUGGCUGACCCACAUCCCUCCCUUCUGGCCCACCUGCCUCCAGUCUGGCCGCUUCCACGAUUUUCUCUACCCUAGUCAUAAAUUUUUUAAAGCUCAAAUACAGGGAAUGACAGAUUAGAUUUGAGCUUUUAACCAUCAUUGCCUCAGGAUAAACUCUGAGCUCCUCAACAAGGCAUUCAAAGCUCUCUCUUGAAUCCUGUUUUUGUCUACCUUCGAGCCCCAUUUCUUGCCACUCCAACCUUGCUCUCCAGUUGCAUCAAACUUAUCGUGGUUUCCCAAA